AUGGCCCAAAGUCAAGGAACGAGUCAUAACCAACUCAGCCAGAGCCCUGCUCUCCACCCGCCUCGCAUACGCCUGACAGGCCGAUCCAUCACCAUUGAACCCUUGAGUGCUGCCCACGCGGAAGAUUUAUUCUCGUGUGUCGGUGGACUCGAGAACGCUUCACUCUGGACAUACAUGCCGGCUGGGCCUUUUGAGUCCAAAGCUUCGCUCGAGACUUACAUAAAUUCCGUCAUAUCCUCCGAGGAUUCGGUAUUCUCAGCGCUCAUUGACCCCGCCAGCCAACGGGCGGUUGGAUACUUGGGCUUGCUGCGCAUCGACCUCAAAAAUCGCAUCGUGGAAAUCGGCAGCAUCAUGCUCUCGCCUACACUGCAGCGCAGCACGGCAGCGACAGAAGCCUACUAUUUGAUGGCGAAAAUGGUCUUUGAAGACCUUGGGUUCCGGCGCUAUGAAUGGAAAUGUAAUAAUCUUAACACUCCCUCAAAGAAUGCCGCUAUUCGGCUCGGGUUUACAUUUGAAGGAAUUUUCCGCCAGCAUAUGAUUGUCAAAGGGUUGAAUCGAGACAGUGCAUGGUUCUCAAUCAUUGACUCUGAGUGGCCGUCAAUCAAAAAUGCGUUCGAGAAGUGGUUGGAUCCUACAAAUUUCGACGCAGAUGGAAACCAGCGCAAAAGUCUGGCGUCAUUUCGGUGA